CGUCAUUCUCGUCGCUCCUCGAAAUUUCUGAUCUGAUUUGACUUCCUUAGAACCAGCAAUUGCCCCUCGAUCUGCAACCAUCAUGUCUUCUCACAUCUGGCUGCGCGCAGAGACAAAGCCCGCCGAGGCGCGGUCUGCUUUGACCCCGACCACUACCAAGGCGCUCCUUGAUGCUGGUUACAAAGUGACGGUUGAGCGCUCGACCCAGCGUAUCUUUGACGAUGAGGAAUUCGCCAAGGUCGGAGCUCCUCUGGUCGAAGAAGGUUCCUGGGUUAAGGAUGCCCCUAAGGAUGCCUACAUUCUGGGUCUUAAGGAGCUUCCCGAAGAUGAUUUCCCUCUCGAGCAUGUCCACAUCUCUUUCGCGCAUUGCUACAAGCAGCAGGGUGGCUGGGAGAAGGUUCUCAGCCGGUGGCCCCGUGGAGGCGGUACCCUCUUGGACUUGGAGUUCCUCACGGACGAUGUUGGACGCAGAGUGGCCGCUUUCGGUUACUCGGCCGGCUAUGCAGGCUCUGCUUUGGCCGUAAAGAACUGGGCUCGGCAAUUGACGCACAACGGCGAGCCUCUACCGGGCGAGGUCCCUUACGCCAACCAGAACCUUUUGAUUGAGUCGGUGAAGGAGUCGCUAGAGGCUGGCAAGAAGCAAUCUGGCCGGUCCCCCAAGGUCCUGGUGAUUGGAGCUCUCGGACGCUGCGGCAAGGGUGCGGUGCAACUCGCCAAGGAUGUCGGUAUCCCUGAAUCCGAUAUCCUGCAGUGGGAUAUCGAAGAGACCAAGAAGGGCGGGCCCUUCAAGGAGAUCGUCGAGGACGUCGACAUUUUUGUCAACUGCAUUUAUCUUUCUGCCAAGAUUCCUCCCUUCGUGAACGUGGAAACUCUUGCUUCGCCCAACCGCCGCUUGUCUGUCAUCUGCGACGUCAGCGCUGACACCACCAACCCUCACAACCCCAUCCCCGUGUAUGAUAUCACUACCACCUUCGACAAGCCUACUGUGCCCGUCGCCCUGCCGGCCGGUACCCAGGGCCCUGCCCUGAGCGUUAUCAGCAUCGACCACCUGCCCUCUCUUCUUCCCCGUGAAAGCUCCGAGAUGUUCAGCGAGGCCCUGCUCCCUAGUCUUCUGCAAUUGAAGGACCGGUCUAAGGCCCGGGUGUGGAAGCAGGCGGAGGAACUGUUCCAGGAGAAGUCUUCUCUCCUACACGGAUUGAUGCAAGAAAAACCAGGCACGGUCGCCGCAUAUGCGGCGGGUGCAUCCCUCGCCGCGGUCGCCUUAUUCUACGUCUUUGGGCCUAAUUACACGAUCGAUGGCGAUGAUUCGUUCGACAGCAACCGCAAAAAGAGCAUCGUCGGAUUGUCCAAUCCCGCUAAUGACUGCUUCAUCAACUCAGUCCUCCAGGCUCUCGCUGGUCUCGGUGAUUUACGCGUAUAUCUGAUCAGAGAACUUCAUCGUCGUGAGCUGGAUGGACCUGAGAUGUACAAUCUCCUUCCAGAUUUGGACGACAUCCCCCGUGGACAGAGACCGGAUAGAGUACGAGAACUCCAGCAAGGGACCAUUACAAGGGCGCUGAAGGAAAUUCUGGACCGAUUAAACGAGCGCCCAAUAUACAAGAAGACGAUCUCGGCUCGAGCCUUUAUCCAGUCGCUUGAAUAUGCGUAUCGGACACGGAUCAGCCGCAAUCAGCAGGAUGCACAGGAAUUCUUACAGAUCGUGGCUGAACGAUUGAGUGAUGAAUACCAUGCCGGUGUCAAGGUACGACAGCGGGUAAAGGGCGCCGAUGAGAUUCCCGAGGGAUUAGCCACAUCCGAACAAGAGACCUCAGCUGCCUCGGAAAAGAACCCGGCUGAGAUCGAGGUCCGCAUAGAUGACGGCUCAGCAAGUGGUCUUCCAGCAAUUAUCGAUACAAAACUCAAGGAAAUUGACAACGAACAUGGUUUUCCAUUUGAAGGCAAGAUGGAGUCGCAGAUCGAAUGCCAGUUCUGCCACUACCAAUACAAGCCAAACCAGACCUCGUUCGUGAACCUGACGCUUCAGGUGCCCCAGAAAAGCUCUACCACACUCAGCGCAUGCUUUGACGGUCUUCUCAAAACCGAGUAUAUUGAGGAUUUCAAAUGCGACAAGUGUCGGCUACAGCACGCACUUGAAACGAAAACUCAGGAGCUAGCACGAACUCGCUCAGGGAAAGACCGGGAGCACCUGGAAAGGGAAAUAGAAGCGAUCCAAAAGGCUCUGAUUAAAGACCCAGAGGGUCCUCUAGAAGGGGUCACCCUGCCCCUUGCUGAAUUUGCUCCCAAGCGAAAGAUUGCACGUCAUAUGCGGAUCACGGUGUUCCCCAAGAUAAUUGCAAUCCAUCUGUCAAGGUCAAUCUUUGACCGAAGCAGUUCUACCAAGAAUGCAGCCAAAGUAUCCUUCCCUGAGCGACUACCUUUAGGGGGCAUCUUGAACCAGACGUGGUUCAAGUUGCUGGCGAUCGUCUGCCACAAAGGCAGUCACCAUAGCGGGCACUACGAAUCUUUCCGACGAAACAAUCUUUAUCCGCCUUUUGCAACUCCGGGUGCCUUCAGCUCCUACGCUCAGAGUCGAGCACCCAGCGCCACCCCGUCGCGGGCCCCAAGCCCCCGUCCUGAGGCUCGCAGCGCUCCGGAUCCGGAGCCUUCCAAUUCUAACAUUUCGGCGUCGACAUCGUCGCCGUCUCUCUCAUCGCUAUCUUCCUCGGACCCACCGCAAUCUGCGUCGACUAAGAAGUCCUCUAAGGCCUCGUCUCAACUAAACACACCUUCUUCGCCCGUUCGCCCCAGCACAUCGAGCUCCCGUCAAAGGCUGUCGCCCGAAUCGGCUCCCCAAAGCCCUGUCACCGAGGGUGGGCGCUGGAGCAAGUCGGGGUCGAGACCGUCGUUCAUGAGUGAGCGGAUGACACCGAGUCCAUCCUUCGACGCGUCCUCGGGGUCCACCUCUCGACUUCGCCGCCGCCGCAAAGCAAACGACCGCUGGUGGCGUAUCUCCGACGAAAAGAUUAAGGAGUGUAAGACGUCUGACGUGCUGGGCAUGCAGAAGGAAGUUUACCUCUUAUUCUAUGAGAUGGAGAAGCCGGAACACGGUCCGUCAGCCCCCACGAGCGCUUGA